UAGAGAGUCAAGCAGCCGAUCAGCUGUGCGCGAUCUCGAAAAACCUCAAAUAAUAUUUUCCCAUAAUGUCCGUGAUUUACAGAGGCGUUGUAUCUGCAGUGGACAAAAUUGUCCCUGCGAAACUUCAACCUCUCUGGAGCCAUCCUGCAGGACCCAAAACUAUUUUUUUCUGGGCCCCAGCAUUCAAAUGGGGCCUUGUCAUUGCUGGUAUUGGUGAUCUGACCCGCCCUGCUGACAAAAUUAGUAUUCCACAGCAGGGUGCAUUGAGUGCGACUGGUCUUGUAUGGUCACGCUACUCUCUGGUUAUCAUCCCCAAGAAUUGGAGUCUUUUCAGUGUCAAUGUGUUUGUGGCCCUGACUGGGUUGUAUCAACUCUCACGAGCUAUCCGGUAUGAGCAAAGCCUGAAGAGUGCAGAAAAGGAGAAUGUGAGCAAACCUCAAGCUGUGCCUGCUUGAACUUUCCAUUCCACUUACCCUAUUCAAUUGUAUGAGGUAUAUUUACAGUGCUCAAUACCUUGCCAAACAGGCAGUCUUUUAAUCUCGUAACUUUAUGUAUUUAUUUUGAGAUAUUUAUUUUUGUUAGUCAUUUUUUUUCCAUGUUUUUUAGUCCAGUGCAGGACGCUGGCAUCAUCCCAGUGACUUUAGAAUUGAAUUUAUUGUGAUACAUCCUUUGUAAUUGUAUUAUUGUUUCUCUGAUCAAUUUUAGUAUCAAUCCUGGAUUAAAUGAUUUUUAUGCCUUGUAUUUUUUCUGUUUUGUCUGAGAUGAUGGGCAUCUUAUAGAAGUAACAGAAGUGAGAGGAAAUUUGCCUCCUAAUUAUUGGAUCUUCUAUCAUUUAAGCUCAGGAUAGACAAUUGGCCAUCAUCUUUCUUAUUGCAUGCAAAGGAAGUAAGCCUGCUAUGCAACAGGCAAUUGAUCUUUCCAUCCAAUAAAACGAGGUAGUCUUGGUGUUUUUCACAUUUUUAAAACUCUAUAGUAACUCAUGCUACUAUGACACCAAGAGAGGAACCAUUUACAAAACAUAUGAAACAUUUACCAACUUAAGAAUGUCUCAGUUGUUUUUUUAGCCUUGAACUAUUAGAAUUUUCUAUGAAGACUUCUUGUUUGAAACAGCCCAAAAAGAAGGAAGAGAGGUGGUUGGACCAUGUGUCACCUUGAAGCACUUGUUAAUAAAAUGUACAAUUUAACUGCCUUUGUUGCUGUGCAAUAAAGAUAAAACCUACUUUA